AUGAAGUCUAUCAACCUCUACUAUGAGCAUGCUUAUGACAAGUGCAUGCAAGAUGGCGUCCUCUCUCAGGAGGAUAUGAAGCUUGUUAGGUUUGCGGUUGAUUCCCUGAGCUCCAACUCCCGCGCCCAGAACCUCGCGGCUGUCCGAAUUUUGUAUUCCCUUCUGAAGAAAACAGAAGCUACCAGAAGCAGCACUGGAUUACUUGUCUCAGAAGUCACAACAAGCAAGAACUCGGUUGGCACCUUGAUCAGCAUGUUGGGUUGGACAGAGCCAGAAGAUGAAGGUAUAAGGCUGUUUGCUGCUGAGGUCAUCGCCAAGAUGGCUGGCAAUUUCAGGAUUGUGGGCAUCCCUGGAGCAGUGCAAAUGGUGUCUUCUCUCCUUGAUUAUGAUGCUUGGGCUUCAGAAGUGUGCAUCAAUAUGGAGGUACCUGGUUAUCUGUCACCUUCAAGAAUACAGGCUCUCCCAGUACAAGUAACAGAAGACAAUGUCCUGAACACCCCAAAAAAAUUCUUGCAGUGCAUGAAGAAUCUGAUUUCAAUCCCAAAAGAAGAUGAGGAAUUUUGGAUGGCCAAGGAUUCAUUCCCUUCCCAGGCACUGGAGAUUCUUGAAAAGCUGGCUCAUGAUGUUGACAACUGUGCCGAAAUCAGCAGGGCAACGGGACUCAUUGCAAAGAUCAUAGGGUUCAUGAGCUACACCAUAGACACUACAAACAUCCCUGAGCCACAGAAACAAUUAUGGACAACUUCAUCUUUGAAAUUGAUCAUCAAGCUUGCAAGCACCAAUGGAGAAAUUGGUAUGGUACUAAGGCAGAAAAUCUCAGAGCAACCCUUGCUGCUAAGUAACUUUGCUCAGAUAUUGGAGAACAGCUCCAGUAGCCAGUGCCAAUUGGAGCCAGUGAUGGGUAUCCUUGCCAAACUUGCAGUCGACAUGGAAGCAAGACAGGAUAUUGGCUCAUUCCAAGUGUUCAUCACUAAGUUGGUGAAUGCAUUUCUUGGUCGAGAUCAACCAUCAUCAAUGAGAAAAGUGGCAGGGGAAGCAUUGUCAAUGCUAUCAAUGGGAAAUUCUAGAAAUUUCUCUGCUAUCUUGGAGGCAAUAGGGCCCAACUUUAUUGAUCUGAAAGAUAUGCUUAUGUAUGAAGAGUACACAUAUGUUACAGCAAGUUUGCUGCAAAAUGUGUGUGCUCUCUCCCAAGAGAAGCUAAGUCAAUUAGAAUCCAGCAAGCACCUCUCAUCUUUGUUGACAGUGGUGAGUCUUUAUGUUUAG